AUGGCAGAUGCACUGCGUUACGACGAAGAUGUGGAGUAUAUGGAAGAUUCACAUUCCAAGGGAAUUAGAAUGAUGCACAUGUCAAGGAAUUCGAACCUGCAAAAUGGGAAUGAUCACUCUCACCACAUGAAUGUAAAUCGCCAUGUCGCCCUCAAUGUGAAUUCAGAAAAUAAAAUCGAUCAGGGUCAUGUUAAGUCUUCCCAUUGCAGCCAAAAUCACCAAGGGAAGCCUAAAACAGAGAGCGCACCUUUGGGUUCGGGUGGUCUUGAUCUUGGAAGAAACAGUGCUCGAAAGUUGCAGUUCUGCAUGUAUAAAUUGAUGGAAAUGUUGGGAAUACUAACGCAAAAAGCUGAUUAA